CACAAACACACACAAGGAAGAAGAAGAUGGAAGCGAAAUAUGAUCGUGCUAGUGAAGUAAAAGCAUUCGACGAAAUGAAACUCGGAGUAAAGGGUCUCCUCGACGCCGGAAUCUCAACGAUCCCUCGUAUUUUCCACCACCCGCAUCUCACUUCAACCGACCAAACUCCCACCUCAACGAUGGAGAUCCCAACAAUCGAUCUCGGAGGUGGCGUGUUCAAAUCCACAGCCACGCGAGAGAGCGUCAUCUCCAAGGUCAAAGAAGCAGUCGAGAGAUAUGGGUUCUUCCAGGGGGUAAACCAUGGGAUCCCGGUUGAAAUUAUGGAGAGGAUGAAAGAUGGGAUUCGUGGGUUUCACGAGCAAGAACCAGAAGUGAGGAAGAAGUUCUAUAGCCGAGACAAUACCAAUAAGGUUACUUAUAGAAGCAACUUCGAUCUCUAUAGCUCUGCUUCUGCAAACUGGAGAGAUACUUUAAGCUGUUUUAUGUACCCUGAUGGUCCCAAAACAGAGGACUUACCUGAGAUUUGUGGGGAAAUCAUGUUGGAGUAUUCAAAGGGAGUGAUGGAACUAGGGGAACUAAUCUUUGAGCUUUUAUCAGAAGCUUUGGGGUUGAAUCCUAACCAUUUGAAAGAAAUGGAUUGCACAAAGGGUUUGUUGAUGCUCGCUCAUUACUACCCGCCUUGUCCUGAGCCUGAUCUAACGUACGGCACUAGUCCACAUUCAGACAGAUCUUUCCUCACUAUUCUUCUCCAAGACCACAUUGGUGGGCUUCAAGUACAAGAGAAUGGUUAUUGGGUGGACGUUCCUCCUGUUCCUGGAGCUCUUCUUGUCAACCUUGGAGAUCUCUUACAGCUUAUAACUAAUGACAAGUUUUUGAGUGUGGAGCAUAGAGUUUUGGCUAACAGAGGUGAAGAGCCACGUAUUUCAGUAGCGUCUUUCUUUGUGCAUUCUUUACCGAGUUUGCGAGUAUACGGACCGAUCAAAGAGCUUUUGUCUGAACAAACUCCUCCCACGUACAGAGACACUACCGUCACUGAGUAUUCGAAAAAUUACAUGGCGAGAGGACUUGACGGGAAGUCUGUGUUGCUUCAGUUCAAGAUCUGAUAAAAGCUGUUUUCUAAGCUUACUGCACAAUUAAACAAAUAAAGUUUAUUGUAGUCUCAGGUUAUUAUGGAAAUAAUUGGAUCCGGAAAAUGUGGAUCUUAACGUUGUUUUAAUCGUUUCUUAUUAAGCUGUUUUGGAAUCUCACCCCAACAUAUCACAUAUCUUUUCAUGGACUCCACACAUAUUCAAAUAUAUAGAC